CCGGGGCGGGCGGAGCGCGCGGCGCCGCUCUGCGCAGUCCCCGCCGCCGGGGGCGGAGGAGCCCGCCGCCGCCCGGGCUCCGGCAGGCAGCUCGCACCGCCCGGUCCGCCCCGCUCCCCAUGAGCAGCGAGGAAGGAGCGGCUGCAGCCGGCUCCCGCGAUCGCCGCAGUUCGGGGUUUCGCUGAAACUUUUCCUCGGGAGCGGGGGGGAGCCGGCGGGCGCCUGCUCCUCUCUCUUUUUCUUACCCCCCCGCCCCGGCCCCCCAGCGAGGUUACUUUGGCUGGGCUUUUCUUUUUCCUCUCUUUUUUUGGCGAAGCGGGAGAAGAAUGGGAUUCGAGCUGGAUCGCUUCAGCGGGGACGUGGAUCCCGACUUCAAAUGCAAUCUGUGCAACAAAGUUCUGGAGGACCCGCUCACCACCCCCUGCGGCCAUGUGUUCUGCGCCGGCUGCGUCCUGCCCUGGGUGGUGCAGCAGGGCAGCUGCCCGGUGAACUGCCAGCGCAUCUCCACCAAGGAGCUCAACCACGUCCUGCCCUUGAAGAGCCUCAUCCUCAAGCUGGACAUCAAGUGCGACAACCACGCGCGGGGCUGCGAGGCGGUGGUGCCGCUGCAGCACCUGGGCGAGCACGCCGAGACCUGCGACUUCUCCCCGGCCAAGUGCCGCAACCGCGGCUGCCGCCAGGUGCUCAACCUGCGCGACGUGGAGGCGCACAUGCGGGAGCGCUGCGAGGCGCGGCCCGCCGGGCUCUGCGAGCAGGGCUGCGGCUUGGUGCUCACCCACGGCGAGCGCCGCGCCGGCGGCCACGGCUGCCUGCGCGCCCUGCGCGCCCACGGCGCCGCGCUGCAGGCGCGGGCGGCGGCGCUGGAGAAGGCGCUCAAGAAGGAGGCGCUGCGCGCCGGCAAGCGGGAGCAGUCGCUGCUGUCGCGGCUGGCGGCGGCGCAGCUGGAGCUGCAGGUGACGGCGCUGCGCUACCAGAAGCGCUUCACGCAGUACAGCGCCCGCCUCGACGCCCUCGCCCGCGCCGCCUCCCCCGGCAAGGGUGAAGAAACUAAAGCACUGACUCUCGUCCUUCAUCGUGACUCUGGCUCUCUUGGAUUUAAUAUUAUCGGUGGCCGACCAUGCAUGGACAAUCAAGAUGGCUUGUCUAGUGAAGGAAUUUUUGUAUCGAAAAUAGUUGACACUGGGCCUGCUGCUAAGGAAGGAGGGCUACAAAUUCAUGACCGGAUUAUUGAGGUCAAUGGGAAGGAUUUAUCUAAAGCAACACAUGAGCAGGCAGUGGAAGCUUUCAAAACAGCCAAGGAACCCAUUGUGGUGCAGGUCCUGAGAAGAACUCCACGCACCAAGAUCUUCAGUCCUUCCCAUGAGUCUCAGCUGGUAGAUGUGGGCACGCAGACAGACAUCACUUUCGAGCACAUCAUGGCUCUAAGCAAGAUGGGCUCGCCUACUCCACCCGUUUCAGUGCUAGACCCAUACCUCCUAUCUGAAGAUCAUCCAUCAGUGCAUGAAUACUACGACCCAAAUGACUACAUGGGAGGAAUUCAUCAAGAAAUGGACCGAGAUGAGUUAGAAUUAGAGGAAGUAGAUUUACAUAGAGUGAACAGCCAGGACAAGCUUGGCCUUACUGUAUGUUACAGAACAGAUGACGAAGAUGACACUGGUAUUUACGUGAGUGAGAUUGACCCCAACAGUAUUGCUGCAAAAGAUGGUCGACUCCGAGAGGGGGAUCGCAUUAUUCAAAUUAAUGGCAUAGAAGUACAGAACAGAGAAGAAGCUGUGGCCCUUCUCACCAGUGAAGACAGCAAGAACAUCUCCUUACUUGUUGCAAGACCAGAAAUUCAGCUGGAUGAAGGAUGGAUGGAUGAUGACAGAAAUGAUUUUCUGGAUGACUUGCACAUGGACAUGUUAGAGGAACAGCACCACCAGGCAAUGCAAUUUACUGCCAGCAUGCUUCAGCAGAAGAAGCAUGAGGAAGAUGGAGGUACCACAGAUACAGCCACUAUUUUAUCUAACCAGCAUGAGAAGGACAGCGGCGUAGGGCGCACAGAUGACAGCACUCGGAAUGAUGAAAGCUCAGAGCAGGAAAACAAUGCAGACGAUCGUACCACUUCCUCUAACACUUUAGGGAGCCAGAAGAAGCUGACAUACAGCCAUGACACCCUAGGAAGUGGCGAUAUGCAGUUCAGCAAUGAGUCGUUCAUCUCAGCCGACUGCACAGACGUCGACUUCCUUGGAAUCCCUGUAGACGAAUGCGAGCGGUUCCGGGAACUGCUGGAACUGAAGUGCCAAGUGAAGUCUGCCAACCCUUACAAUCUGUAUUAUCACAACAGCACUCUGGAUAUGAGCAAAAGCGACCAAGAAAGUGUUGACAGAGAGCUAGAGAUGCUGAAUGAGGAGCUCCGCAAUAUCGAGCUCGAGUGCCUGAAUAUUGUGAGAGCUCAUAAAAUGCAGCAGCUGAAAGAGCAGUACCGGGAGCCUUGGAUGCUACAUAACAGCGGGUUCCGCAACUAUAAUACAAGCAUCGACGUUCGCAGGCAUGAGCUCUCAGACAUCACAGAGCUCCCCGAGAAGUCUGACAAGGAUAGCUCAAGCGCAUAUAACACAGGAGAAAGCUGCCGAAGCACACCACUCACACUGGAGAUUUCCCCUGACAAUUCACUGCGCAGAACUGCAGAAGGCAUUAACUGUCAAGGUAAUGAGGGGGUAGUGGCACAUAAUGCCUCCCAAAAGAAUUUGUUUCCUAGCUCAGAGAGUCAUGAAUCCAGUGUUGGUAAAUGCCAUUCCUCUCCUAAAGAUCCUGACCUCAGCAAGCAGCUGGAAAGCAAAGACAGAAAAGCCAGUGAUGGAAACACAAGCCCAACUCACAGUCAAAAACCUUCCGGCUCCUGUGUCUCCCCAUACCAUCAUUCUCCAUAUAAGCAUGCUCACAUCCCCGCCCACGCACAGCACUAUCAGAGCUACAUGCAGCUGAUCCAACAGAAAUCAGCCGUGGAAUAUGCACAGAGCCAAAUGAGCCUGGUGAGCAUGUGCAAAGACUUUAACUCAAGCCAGAGCGAACCGAGGAUGGAAUGGAAAGUCAAGGUCAGAAGUGAUGGGACCCGCUACAUUACAAAGAGGCCAGUCAGGGACAGGUUGCUGAGAGAACGUGCCAUAAAGAUUAAGGAGGAGCGAAGUGGUAUGACAACUGAUGAUGAUGCCAUAAGUGAAAUGAAGAUGGGCCGUUACUGGAGUAAGGAAGAGCGGAAGCAGCAUUUAGUGAAAGCAAAGGAGCAGAGGAGAAGACGUGAGUUUAUGAUGCAGAGCAGGUUAGAUUGUUUAAAGGAACAGCAAGGUGCAGAAGAAAAGAAAGAGAUGAAUAUCAUUGAACUGAGCCACAAAAAAAUGAUGAAGAAAAGAAAUAAAAAAAUAUUUGACAAUUGGAUGACAAUCCAAGAACUAUUAACCCACGGAACAAAGUCACCAGACGGCACACGAGUGUACAAUUCUUUCCUGUCAGUGACUACUGUAUAAUCACCCACUGCUAAAUUAUGUACAUAAAGCACUACCAUUGGGGUAGAAAUCAAUGCCUCGUUCAAUGUGGCAAGUUUUUUUUGUAUAUAAGAUACAGUCAUCAAGUUUAUAGUUCAAAUACUGAACUCUACAACUGUGGGUGCCAGCAUCUCCAUUAUAAAGUGGAGAGAAAGCCUGCACAUCUCCUUCAAAGGCAAUAUUAGCAAAGCUUUUUGGAAUAUUGAUUGUACUUUUUUACUUGUUACCUUUUACAUAAAGUGUUUAAAUAUCAGAAAUGUAUUAACCAUACUUACACAAGUAAUUUGCUUAAACUAUAUUCAUAUAAAAAAGUACACAUGCUUUUCUUUGCCUAAAAAAGCAAAAAACCCACAAGAGCAACUGCACAUACGUAUUUUUUGUGAAACCAUAUUUUGUGAUAUUAUUUUGCUGUUGUUCACUUCUACACAGAGUGCUGUUUAUCAAUAUUUAGCUCAAGGUUUAAGCUCAGAAUUACUGAAUUCCUGAUAGAGUCAUUCUCUUAUAACACUUAACAUGUAUCAAACAGCAGUCUUUAGAAUUAUGAUCAACAUUUAAACAUUUUUCUUUUUAAGGUUUUUAAAGGAAGUAUGUAGGUUUCAUCUCAAAAGCCUGAAGCAAAGUACAGUAUACGACAGCUUUAAAGGAUUUUAAAGCAUGUUUGCAAAUGUUGCAACCUAUUGAAAAAAUGUGCAUGUACAGCUAAUUUGUUUAUAUAAGACAGUUUGUGUAAUUUGAAAUGCCCAUGGUAGUAACUGUUUGCUUUAUAGAUUUGAAUGUACUGAAUUAUAAAGCAGUUUCAUGAAAUCAUCAUUAGCUACAAACAUUAACAAGUAAAAUGAAGUAAAAUAAAUUAUUGUUUUAUAUUUCAAACAAUUUUAAA